AUGGACCGGAAAUGGUGGUUGGAUGGUACCAUUCACAUCCUGGAUUUGGCUGUUGGCUGUCUGGAGUGGACAUUAAUACUCAACAGGUUGAGUUUUGAAGCCUUGAAUCAAAGAGCAGUGGCAGUUGUAGUGGAUCCCAUACAGAGUGUCAAGGGGAAGGUGGUCAUUGAUGCCUUCCGUUUGAUUAACCCACAGACUAUGAUGCUUGGACAGGAGCCUAGGCAAACAACAUCCAACCUUGGACAUCUGAAUAAGCCAUCCAUUCAACCAUUAAAUUACAGGAAGAAUGAGCUUGAGGAAAAAAUGCUAUUGAACCUUCAUAAGAAGAAGUGGACUGAUGGAUUGACCCUUCAACGUUUUGAUGCCCAUUCCAAAACCAAUGAACAGACUGUUCAGGAGAUGCUAAAUCUGGCAAUAAAAUACAACAAGGCUGUGCAAGAAGAGGAUGAGUUGCCACCUGAGAAACUAGCAAUUGCAAAUGUGGGCAGGCAGGAUGCAAAGAAACAUCUUGAAGAACAUGUUUCCAACCUUAAGUCUUCAAAUAUAAUUCAGACUUUGGGCACCAUGCUCGACACUGUUGUGUUUUAG